AUGAGCACGCGGAUGGACGGCCGCGUCCUGUCGGAUGACAGCUCUGAGGAAGAUGAGCCGAUCGCUGCGCCCUCGAUGGGCAUGGUCCAUGGAGAUGACGAAGAGGAAGAGGACGAAGAGAUGAACCUCCUCGUCGGCGCCUCGGCCCACCUCAACCUCGCAGGCAAGUCGGCCAAGCUGCGCAAGAACUACGAGGUCGUGACCGCGAGUCCAUGGAACGCGCAUGCAUGGCAAAGCGUCAUGAACGAAGUCCAGAAGCUUCCAUCCAUUGACGACGCCCGUCCAUACUACGAGCUCUUCCUCGAGCGCUUCCCGACCUCGGGCUAUUGGUGGAAAGCGUUUGCCGAGCACGAGCUCCGCGCCGGGCAGUACGAGAAGGUCCGCGGUAUCUUUUCGACGGCGCUUGUCGAGCGCAAGCUGCCGUACAUCGACCUCUGGGCCAUGUACCUCUCGUUCCUCAAGUCAUCCAAGGUCGACACCAACUUUGGGUCGGUCGAAGAGCAGCAGGCUGCACGCAAGCUCAUGCUCGAAGCGUACGAGCUCGCGCUCGAGUGCGUCGGCCAGUCGAUCUACUCGCUGAGCAUUUGGCAGAGCUACAUUGGCUUCUUGCGCGAGGACAAGGACAUUCAAGCGUUCAUGACCGUGCGCAAGGGCUACCAGCGUGCGCUUGUGAUCCCUAUGGUCGGGUCGGACGCGCUCCUCAAGGACUAUGAGCUCUUUGAAAAGUCGAUUCCCAACAACGACGCGCUCAUGCAGAACAUGAUGAAAGCGCUGCGGCCCAAGAUCGACGCGGCCAAGACGAUCUUGAAGGACCGCAAGGCGCUUGUUGACGCCAUCAACCUCGACGCGCUCCCGUCCAAGGUCGACACCAACCCGCAGAUUGACGAGUGGCAGCGCUGGAUUGAGUUUGAGCUCUCCAACCCCGAGCGCGUCGACACGGCGAAAUGGAAGGCCAAGUGCCGGUUCGCGCUCGAGAGCUGCCUCGCGUGCCGCCAAUUCAGCUGCGAAGUCUGGUAUCAGUACGUCCUUCUCGAGCAGCCGGACGCCGAGGCCGUCUCGCGCAUCUACGCGCGCGCCGUGGCCGCGAUGCCCGAGUCGUGCUUGCUGCACUUUGCAUACGCGGAUCAUUUCGAGCUGCACAACGAAACCGAGCGCGCCCGUGAGAUUUACGAGCAGCUGCUGGCGACCGUGCCGUCGGCGCUUGUGUACAUCACCUACCAGCGCUUUGCUCGUCGCGCGUACGGCAACAAGGGCUUGGAAGAAGCACGGCACAUCUUCAAGCGGGCACGCAAGGACUCGCGCGACGGCGCGUGCACGUACCACGUGUUUACCGCAGCGGCACUGCUCGAGUUUCACAGCUCCAACGGCAACGAAGGCAAGCAAAUCGCGCUCAAUAUCUUUGAGCUCGGGCUCAAAAAGUACAUUCACGAACCCGAGUUUGUGCUGUCGUAUGUCGACUUUUUGCGCCAUACCAACGACGACAACAACAUGCGGUCGCUCUUUGAGAAGGUGCUGAGUGUCAUGCCGGCCGACGUGGCCAAGCCCGUGUGGGACAAAUUCAUUGCGUUCGAGAUGACGAUGGCAACCAACGGCGGCGACCUCGCGUCGAUCGUGCGCCUCGAAGGCCGGCGCGCCAUCGCGCUCCAGAACGCACUGGCAAAGGAGCCGCACGCGUACCUCCAGGCCAAGGGGUUGAUGAGCCUGGUGCAUCGGUACGAGUGGAUGUCGGCGCUCGAAACCUCGACGGACCCGCUCUUUUUCCAAACGUACGCCGGUGUCCACGCCGUCGAGACCCACGCCAAGGCGCCAAUGACAGCGUCGUCGUCGACGGCGGCGCUCAAGCCCAACGUGAUGAAGGAGCUCGACAAGCCGUACACGGGCCCGCCGCUGCCCGAGUGUCUCCAAGAGUUUGCGAGCAUGCUGCCCUUGGGUGUCACGUGGAACGGCCCGGUCGCGGACGUGGACCACAUUUACCGUGCGAUGAUGCUCACGGAGCUGCCGACGCGCGCCGAAGUCGAACAAAUGGAAGCCGCGGCGGCUGCCAUGAACGACGACGACGGCGGGGUCAAUCUCAUGGCCAAGCGUCCGACGAACGACGUGUUUCGGAGUCGCCAAAAGCAGCGUCUCGCCAAGCUCAAUUAG